CAUGACGCCCCUCCCGGACGCGGUGACAACAGACGCUCCACCGCCGACGCGCCGUCCAGGUGUGCGGUGCGAGAUAUUGCGGAGAUCCCGGAGCAUUCAGCAGCUUCUUCUUUUUUUAUCUUCUAUCUGCAUGAAACGGACUCAACGUGAUAUUAUAUCCCGCUGUCUCGCGAGCCCGGCUGUCACUCGGACGCCCUGAAAUGCCGCCUUCCCGCCCCCCCGCUGCUGCCUCAUCCAUCACCCGGGGAAUGACGCGGGCAGCUCGGCUAAGAAUGAAGACCGACACGGGCGUCACAUUUUGAGCCUGAGUGUAUCUCGACUGUGGGGGGAACAGCUAGCGGUUCGGGCUAGCCAGCUAGCCUGACAGUUAGCUUGCUCAGACACCCGGCGGCGGCUGCUCAGACACCCGGCGGCGGCUGCUCAGACACCCCGGAUUCGCGCGGCCAUGGCCGGGCUCAUCAAGAAGCAGAUCCUGAAGCAUCUGUCCAGGUUCGCGAAGAACCUGUCGCCGGACAAGAUCAACCUCAGCACGCUGAAGGGGGAGGGUCAGCUCACCAACCUGGAGCUGGACGAGGAGGUUCUCCAGAGCCUGCUGGACCUGCCCACCUGGCUGGCCAUCAACCGCGUGGAAUGCAACAAGGCCACCAUCCGGAUACCAUGGACAAAGCUGAAGACUCACCCAAUCUCUUUGACCCUGGAUAAAGUGGUGAUGGAGAUGAGUACCUGCGAUGAACCCCGUCCCCCCAAUGGCCCAUCUCCCAUAGCAACCGCAUCAGGUCAAAGUGAAUAUGGCUUUGCUGAAAAGGUGGUGGAGGGGAUCUCGCUGUCCAUCAACUCCAUAGUGAUAAGGAUCAGUGCCAAGGCCUUCAACGCCUCCUUUGAACUCUCCCAGCUGCAGGUCUACAGCGUCAACACCAGCUGGAGCAUCAGUGACCUGCGAUUCACCCGCAUCCAGGAUCCUCAGAGGGGAGAGAUCCUGACCUUUAAGGAGAUCAGCUGGCAGAUGAUCCGUAUCGAGGCCGACGCCAUCCAGAGCGCUGAGCACGACAUGUUGAGCGCCCCCAUCCGCCUCAUCACCAACCAGUCCAAGAUACGAGUCACUCUCAAGAGACGGAUAAAGGACUGUAACGUGGUGGCCUCCAAGCUGAUUCUGGUGCUGGACGACCUGCUCUGGGUGCUGACCGACUCCCAGCUCAAAGCCAUGGUGCAGUACGCCAAGUCCCUCAGCGAGGCCAUGGAGAAGUCUGCCCAGCAGAGGAAGAGCAUGGCCACGGAGGACCAGGAGUCGUCGGCGCCGCACUCUGCCCAGCAGGUGCGGACCCAGCAGGCGUCCACAGCCGCUGACCAGAGUGCGACGAUGGCCAAGCUGUUCAGCUCCUAUGAUGUGAACGAGACGUCUCACCACCUGCAGAUCACACACCUCGAUCUGCACAUCUGUGAUGACAUCCAUGCUAAGGACAAAGUGAGCAACAAGAGGAUAACAGGUGGAGCCAUGCAGCUUUCCUUCAGCUCCAUCACCCUGGACUACUACCCUUCACACAGGGCAGGUGAAAGCUGUGCCCACUGGAUGCACUACAGCGAAGCCACCAAGACCCGGGAGGGCUGGGCGCGGCGCCUUCUCGAUGAGUUCAAGUCCAACGUGGAGAUGUUAAAGAAUGCAGCUCGAGACCAGCCAGGCCCGGCGCCUGCACACGGAUCCCCACAGCAUGGCAGGAUAAGCACCUCGUCCACCAGCUCCUUCAGUCCUCCUCCUAGUCGAACGCCCAAGACCCAGCUCAUGUCCAGCUCCUUUGUUCUCCGGAUGGCUGACUUCAGCAUCUACCAGGUGUCAACAGCAGACCAGCGCCGCUCCAGCCCCAAAACCAUGAUUUCCUGCAAUAAGAAGUCCUUGUACCUUCCCCCCGAGAUGCCGGCCAUCCACGUCGAGUUCACAGAGUACUACUUCCCUGAUGGAAAAGACUUCCCCAUCCCAUGUCCAAACCUCUACGCCCAGCUGAACGCCCUGCAACUGGUGCUGGAUCCUCGCAGCCUGGUGUGGAUCAACCUCUUUGCCCUCGACCUCAGACAGAGUCUGGAGCAGUUCAUGGAGAUUUACAAGCUCAACGACUCGCAAAAACCCGAUGAGCAUGUUGACAUCAAGGUCGACGGCCUCAUGCUCAAGCUGGUAAUCCCCACGGAUCGGGACGCCUCCUGCGCUCCUGACCUGCCUCGCUCCAUCUCCGUACAGACUUCAGAGAUGGUGGCCACUAACACACGGCACCCGGCCAACUGCACUCGCUCGCACCUCGAGGCCCUGCUGCAGGCCUUCGAAGAGGAGCCAUUCUUCUCCUCGUCUUUCUCCUCAUUCCCCCGCUCCCCCUCCUCUUUGCCCCUCCUCCAUCCAGUCUUCCAGCGCCACGCUCACGAACAGGACACCAAGCUCCAUGAAGUCUACCGGGGCCUGGUGGUGCCGACGAUGGGCUCGAACGCCCUCAGGAUGCCGGCCGCCUCUGACUUUUGGGCAAUGCACUUCGCCCAGUUCUGGGUGGACUACGAAGCCACCCGUGGCGGCAAAGGGCGGCCCCAGUCCUUCGUAGACUCCUUCCCUCUCACAGUGUGGGCGUGUCAGCCGGCGAAGCUCUUCCAGCACCAGGAGAGGCUGAGAGGUGCUGUCAGGUCAGGUCUGUCCAGGAGCACAUCGGGGGAGGCUGUUGGACGCCUGCAGAGGAAACGCUUACUGAAGGAGUAUUACAGCAGCGACGGGACACCAGCAUCGCCUCACAGCGUUGAUGCUGCACCGCCACCCAGUAACGGAUUCCAUAAACCCCUGUCAUUCGACAGUCUGCCUUCCUCCUCCUCCUCCUCCUCCUCUUCAUCAUCGAGUAAAGAUGCAGACGUGCAUGUGUUGGUGCACGUGCAGAAGCAUUUAAGUGCCCAGGUGAGCCACCGGCAGUUUGUGUUUCUGAUGCAGCUUCAGCGCAGCAUCAAAGCGCUGCAGCAGACACUGCAGCAGGACCUCGAGGAGAUGGGCUCCAAGCGGGAACGCAAAGACACUUCCCAGUGUCCCGCAGACCACCAGCCCUUCUCCGUCUGCUUGGGCCUCCUGCUGAAGAGCGCCGAGGUGUCCCUGCUCCUCAAGCCCGUCCCGCAGCCCGAGGGUUCGGGGUCCCCUCCGGUGUCCGAGUUCUCACCUUCAGAGAGCCGUGGAACUCUGGAGCCCGAAGGCGAGGGGGCAGAGAAGAGGGAGAAGGGGACUGAAGGUUCCUGCACGGUCGACCAGCUGUUAUGUGGCGAAGGCUCAGAGAGCGGCGCCACGCAGGGUCCCGCCCCCCUCGUCCCCACCUCCACCUCAACUAUGCAUCCCGAGUCAUAUCGCAAAGCCUCGCUGGAGGAGAGGACUUCAGCUAAGACACCUGGGAGGUGGAGUUCAGAUGAAGGGGGUGAGGCGCCGGUGGACGGGUUGGCGGUGGCCGACGGACCGGACUCUAAAACCCAGACAAGUGACCCUCUGUCAGACCCACUCGGCACCCACUCGAAGAUGCCUCAGUCAAUAUCCAGGAAAGGAAGUUUGUCUGUGGUUUCUGAUCUCCUCAGCUCUUCAAAGUCCAGCAGAUCCACCUCCCUUUAUUCCUUGUCCAACAUUGGUCGUCUGAUGCGCGACCGCUCGCAGUCCAGUUUCGCAGUGUCCUAUAAGAAUAUGAAGAAGAGCCCGUCCCUGCAGUCCCUCGACAACAUCUCCAUCGACAGCUAUCUGCUGGAGGACGGGGACGCAUACAGCCUGAUGGAGCGAGAUGACGUGUCCAUGUCGGGCUUCAAGGACGCCAUCAGUGAGCAGAGCGCCACGGAGAGCGCCACCGAGGCUGCAGUCGGCCCGGAGCAGGAGGGAGGCGUGUCCCCGGACACCGUCAGCGCGACCUCACAGAGCAUCGACGAGCCCACCAAAGAUAUAGUGUCGGUGCUGGUGUUGAAGGUGCGUUCAGUGUGUGUGGGCAUGGAGGUGGAGGGUGAGAGCACGGCCGUGGCUCUGGAGGUGGGCCAGGUCGCACCCAGCCAGCUGGGCAACGUCAGCCUCCGACAGUACCUCAGCAACCGCAGCCUGGGUAUGAUGUGUUCACUACCAAUACCUGCUCAGAGCAGCCAAGCCGGUGGUGAGAUGCGCUCGGCGUCCCUCGGUGGCCUCCACCGUCCGGAGGUGCGGGCUCGCCUGGAGAGUGGGCCCUGUGCCGCCGCCCACUCCCCGCUGGCCGAGCAGAACGGCUUCCUGCAGCUGCGUCUCCAAGGGUAUCAGGCGAGCUUCCUGAUGUCCACGCUGCGCAACCUGGCGCACUUCCUGGAGGACGACUCCGCGUCGCAGGUGCUGCCCAUGGAGAUCAGCGUCAGCAACACGCACAUUAACUUAAAGGAUGACGGCCCCCGGGACAAUCCGGCCGACUCCGAGCCCUCGCCGAUCACCUUGAACGUGAACAGUCUCAUCAUACACAGAAGAGACGACGGCUCUUUCUCCAUCGGAGUGGAUGGAGCCGCGGAGGCCAAACCCAGGAAAGAGGGCGGGUUGAUUGACAGCUCCCUGAGUCCGGUCCGUGAGGCUGCGGGCGUCGUCUGCAGCGUGGCAAAGGCGACACAGACCCAAGCCCUGCCCACCAGCCCUCCUCCAUCGGCCAGAGAGAAGAUGCUGACAGAGGAGAACGAGUGUUUGAAGUUGGAGCUGUCCCGAGCCAAGAUGGCGCUGGCCGAGGCUCAGAUGGAGAAGGACUCGCUGGUUCACCGCAUGAAGAACCUCAAAGUCAGCCCCAGCUAGGCCCGGCUCCGUCUUCACGGACCAGCCAGUCACUCGGGCCCCCCCAACCACCACCGGUGCUCGGUGAUGAUGACCGACACUGACUGGGGGGGGGGGGGGGGGGGGGGGGGGGGGGGCGGGUCAGCAGAAUAAGUCAAGGCAACAUUAACAAGUGGAGAAAAGGCUCCCAGUUAAGCGCUUAUUUGUCGAUUGAGCCUCCAUGUGACUUUAGACUUUAAAAAAGAAUUCCUUCAUGAAGCAAUGCAGAGUCUGAGGGAAAAUUCAAAAAAUGUUCACACGCUAGUUGUCUUGUUUCACAUUCUCCACUUUGGACUGUGGAGGCUCCACACGUGUGAGGAGAGUUAAAAAAAAAAAAAGUGCGUGUGUGGAUGAAAGAUGAGGAUCUGGAUCUGUGGUUGUGCCGACAGUAAACCCCUCCCACACAAAUGAAAAAAACAAAAAAGAAUCACAAAAAAAAUCACAGCUAAUCAUAGAUGAGCUUCAUGUAGAUCUGUGUGCGUGUGUGUGAAGGAACACUGAAUGUCGUAUCUUCAGAAGAAUGUCUCACUUUAUUUUGCACCACUGAAAACAAAACUUGUAAUUUAGUGCUUUCAUAUUCAGAGGGGACGAGUCUCGUCACAUGCGUCUCGCUCGUCCUCGGAGUGUGUACAGUGUAUAUUGUACAGGAAUUUUCUACAGAACCUUGAACGGUUGUGCAGUGUUUAAGUUGAAUGUGUGUGUGUGUGUGUGUGUGUGUGUGUGUGUGUGUGGUGUGUGUGUGUGUGUGUGUGUGUGUGUGUGUGUGUGUGGCUCAGCCGGAACAAGCAUUUCAUUACAAUUAGGAGACAAACUUCUACCUGUCAGCAAAACGCCCCCCAAAACUAGUCUGUAUCCCUCCUCCCCUAUUUUUCUACGUGUAAAUAGCUACUCAGCCUUGUGCAGCACUUUUAAAAACGGAGGCACUGUUAACGCAACAAUCAAGAAGUGUGAGAGAUCAAGAGUAGAGCCGACGACCGGAGAGAGCAGUUUAGAGAACAAAAAAAACAGAGGAGGAAAUAAAAGCUCUGUGACGCGAACUGACUGUGUGUGCGUGUGUUUGUCUUUAUGUAAAUUUCUAAUGGACGAGCGUAGAACCAUAUCUGCUGUUGUUCGUGCUUCGUGCCCACGUGAGGACAUCGGGGACAAAUCCCCAAAUCCAUGUCGCUAAUGACUAAAAUCAAGUGACAUUUCCCAACAGCACAAAUGACUAAAGGACGGUCCGAGGUCUGAAAGCUCUGCUCUCACACUCGACUCGGCAACGAAAGAUGCAGCACAUCCAUCAGUUUUCAUUUGAAACUGUCCAUAGGCUGUGCUUUUAGUCCAACUCUUCAUUUGUUCUUUACAAGUUCUCCGCACAAACAUUUUUGACGGGAGGAUUUGAACGCAACUUUAUGUGAAGACUGGUGUUUGGUGGAGAGAUUUUCCUCCAUUCAUCACAGCCCUCCUCCUCCUCCUCCUGCGGAAGCCUGUGGAGGAAGAAAAAAAGACACACAAAGUAAUAAGUUGUAUUUUGUCUGUCGAAGCUGCUGAAAUACUAAAGAGAAAAAAUAAAAAGAGAAUCUGAUUUAAAAGUUCUAA